AUGAACUUUGUCACUCGGCUACUGGAUACCCACAAGGAGAGGGUGGCUGCUCUCAGGGGGGCAUGGGAAGGGCCAGUGACUUACGACCCUUCGAACUUCUUUGACGCCAUGAAGCCUCAGCUAGCACUGAGAGCGCAUCAGUAUGAAAUCAUUGCGAUACCAUGGAUGGCCACCACUGCCUUGACCAUCGCAUGGACGUCGCUCAUCAAGAUCCUAGAGCUGCUCAACUUCCUCCCCCCCCAGGACGUCGCACAACAAGAGGGCCUGACAUCGCUUGAGAACAGUCUUACCUGGGUUCAGAUCUGCAUGACUUUCCUUCUUACCUUCCGUCUCAACCGUGCGGCAGUCCGCUACUACGAGUCCCGCGCCUUCGCCGGCAAGCUCGUGGAGCUGUGCCGAUCGCUGGCUACCCACUGCGUGACCUACUACGGGGAGGAGGAGGAGGAGGAGGAAGGGAGGGAUGAGUUCCUGCGGUGGAUCAUGGCGUAUCCUGUCUCGGUUAAGAACUACCUUAGGGGGGAGGAGGGGAAUGAGAGAGAGCUGCUGGGAAUUCUUGACCAUGCACAGAUAAGGGGAAUGAUGGAGGCAAAGCAUCAGCCCCUGUAUUGCCUGAGCAAGAUGCGAUCGGCCGCGUAUCAGCUGAGCUGCAGGACGGGAAGGGGGGACGUGAUGGCUGCCAUGACGUACCAGGUGAUCUCCAACGAGGUCACGAGCCUGUACGGGGCCAUGGGGGGAAUGGAGAGAAUCAACAACACGCCUCUUCCUUGGGUCUACGUCACGCAUCUCCGCCUACUCGUCAUGAUCUUCUGCAUCGGCGUUCCCAUCAUCGAGCUCCCGCGGGAGGCACAAAGGCGGCAGGUCGAAAUUAGAAACUCAACGUGCGCGAAGAGCAAGAAAAAGUGGCGACACUUCCCAACGCAAUGCGGGAAGGCAGAAAGUAAAAGUAAGCCGGGAGGUUGA